AUGAUCAAUAGAGACUUCGGAAAACUUGCUCGAGUUCAGGAAAGAAUUCCUGUGCUGUCGCAGUUAGACCUCAAUGUCUGGACCAACAUUGCAGUUUCCAUUCUCACCGCCACGACCUCCUUUCCCCAAGCUUCCCCAAGUUUCUCCAAGCUUCUCCAAGUUUCUCCAAGCUUCCCCAAGCUUCUCCAAGCUUAUCCAAGCUUCCCCAAGCUUCGCCAAGCUUCUCCAAGCUUCUCCAAGCUUCCCCAAGCUUCUCCAAGCUUCUCCAAGCUUCCCCAAGCUUCUCCAAGCUUAUCCAAGCUUCCCCAAGCUUCCCCAAGCUUCUCCAAGCUUCCCCCAAAGUUCUCCAAGCUUCCCCCAAAGUUCUCCAAGCUUCCCCAAGCUUCUCCAAGCUUCCCCAAGCUUCUCCAAGCUUCUCCAAGCUUCUCCAAGCUUCCCCAAGCUUCCCCAGCUCCCCCAAGUUUCUCCAAGCUUCCCCAAGCUUCUCCAAGCUUCUCCAAGCUUCUCCAAGCUUCCCCAGCUCCCCCAAGCUUCCCCCAAGCUUCUCCAAGCUUCCCCAGCUCCCCCAAGCUUCCCCAAGCUACUCCAAGCUUCUCCAAGCUUCCCCAAGCUUCCCCAAGCUUUCCCAAGCACACACACACUAUUCCCUUACUGGCAAGUGUAACAGGACUCCAGAUUUUAGAGUGA